AGAGUAAUGCUUCAUCCCAAGUUCCUUCCACAAGAAUCAUCUCUCUCUCUCUCUCUCUCUCUCUCUCUCUUGCUCGCUCUCUCGGCUACUUCUUCUACGAUGUCGUAUAACAAGAAAAGGCCAAUUCUCAGCUCAGUCUCAGUCAGCUUAGGCUGUGGCAGCUGCAAGAAACCAAACCUCUCCGGGGUUUUCCAACCUAAGCCAAGAUCCAGAAACCCCACCACUUCCACCACCUCAUACCAAAAGUACUAUAACCAUGACAUCUACUAUUCCUCUUCCUCCUCCUCAAAAACCAACGCUUCUCCCCCGGACUACGACACCACGACCUCAUUCUCUGCCGACACGCCACCGCAGUCUUCCUGGGACACAAACGCCAGCAACAAAUACUCCAGGGCUGUUCGAGGAAUGGGACGUGUCGGGGGCGAGAGUUUGGCUGUGGAGAAAGAGUCUGAUGACCCAUAUCUGGAUUUUCGACAGUCAAUGCUUCAAAUGAUAUUGGAGCAAGAAAUAUACUCGAAAGACGAUCUUCGAGAACUUCUUAACUGUUUCUUGCAGCUAAACUCGCCUUAUCACCAUGGGAUCAUCGUUAGAGCCUUCACUGAGAUAUGGGACGGUGUCUACUCUGUGAGGUCGACAGCUCGUGGUGGUGGUGGCGGCCUUUCCUCCGAGUCCCAGAAGAAGCUGCCUUGUAAUGAUUACUAUUACGGCCAUGGCUGCUAGUUGCUAACUGCUUAGCGCAUAAGUCACGUGACUUCUAAUGUUUUGUGUUGCACGUGAAAGUCUUGUUCAUCCACUGAAAAAAGAAAGUGUCAAUCAUUUUGAUUGCUGUAUUGUAGAAUUAAAGCUGUUAAUUAAUUUUGGAGAAUGCAUUUAUUUUAA